AUGGCUUUCGCACCAUUGCGUCCCCCAGACCAGUCGCCAGUCAAAGUAGAUCCAAAUUUCACUCUACCGCAAGCAGAUGGCUUUACCUCCCCCACCUUCCGCCUUCUCAAUAAACAGUCUCGUGUCACUCUUUCUCCCGAGCCCUUGGCUCCCUCGAGAGGACCUUUGCAACUACCCACGCGAAUGGAGGCUGGUCUUAUCGUCUCUCCAUUGAAAAAGCUGAAGGAAGCAUUCAAGACAGGUGGCGAUGGAAUUUUCCAACCCGAUAUCAUUUUGCCCUGUAAUCCCGUCGCAACCGCUUUUGCUUGUAAUGCUACGCGCUUUCUGGCCCGACUAAAAGACGGCCAGGUUGUCAUCUAUGACACUGGGGCUUUGUUCUUGUCCUCUACACCAUCAAGCCCACUUCAAGUGUAUCAGGCUUCCUCGGGUCUACCUUUACAGAUAUUACCCAAUCCCUGCAAUGACGGAGAUCUUGCUCAACUCGUGGCUAUUGUAAGGAUGGACGGCACAGUCGAAAUGUUGGAUGCCCAAAUGCAAACUAAGGGAGCAUGGCGCGCAACAGAUGCUGAUAACUUACCUGUCGCUGCAUCUUGGUCUCCAAAGGGGAAACAACUCGCAGUUGGCUUGCGAUCCGGCGAUAUUCUUACAUUUGGAUUCAAUAACGCGGCGCCCCUCCAACACAUCCCCCCCUACAGCCAGCCCGCCUCUUGUUUCUCUCGAUUGGCUUGGUCCCGCAUUCACAUUUCGCACUAG